CCGGCCGGCUGGCUCAGCUGCAGCACGAAGUGCUCUUCAGUCUGGCAGAGAUGUCCGGAAGCAGAGUCCGCAGCUGGACGCUGCAGCUGCACAAAUCCCAGUUAGAAAUAAGGCCCUGAUGUUUAACAGUGCAGGUGCUUCCCCCGUGGAACGAGCUCCCAGGGGAAGUGGUGGAUUCCCCUUUGCUUGAAGGGUUCCCAUCCAGCCGGGGCCUUUCUGGGGGACGCUUUGGUUGAACACAAGUUACUGGGUGCAGUGCGGGGGGGCCGGGGCUAUGCAGGAGUCAGACUAGCGCUUCGAGGGUCUCGUCUGGCCUGGAGCCCUGUGGGGCGGUGCUGAUGGUGUGGGCUCCCUCAGCACCCUGUGGCUGCGUUCUCUCGGAUCAGUGCCGCUAGGUGCAGUGAGUCCUGUCCAUUAGGGUCGGGUUCUCUCUGUGUAGGGCAGCGUCAUUGGUUCAGGCUUGGGAUCUCUCUAGGUUAGUGCCAAGGCUUUGGGUUGGUUCUUGAGGGGGUUGGCACCUGUAACAGUUCUUACCUUUCCAGCAUUGCUGCCUCAGUUUCCCUUCUGAUUUACAUCUCGCUCUGGUAGUGGGGCAAUUAUAGCCUCAGUUUCCCUCCUCUCAGAGUAAUUUGGCCCUUGAGCCAAACUAAUAAGCCUUCACUUGUGGGGGAGCCAAUAGGACCAAAACCAAACAGUCCUUUAUUGACUUUCCCGAGCCCUCGUCAUCCUCCAUCGCCUCUCCAGCCCCAGUCCCCCCCAGACACCGGGGGAGCCGCUCCAUGGCCAGCCCCGGCCCCAGUCCCCCCACAGACACAGGGUGAGCCGCUCCGUGGCCAGCCCCAGCCCUCCCCCGCCCCCUGAGACACCAGGGGAGUUGCUCCGUGACCCUCCCUGCUUCCCCCCCGACGCAGGGCAAAUGGCUCUGUCUUGCUAACUAGGCUUUUCCACGCACUAUAGUGAGGCUGAGCCAUCCCGUCCAGGGCCCCUCUCCUACCUGCCUGGAUGCAGGGGGGUCCCUCGCACCUUUGCUGGAAGCCCUGGGCUGGGCCCCCGUCAGGAAGCUCCCCCUGGGUUCCCAUCCCAAGCGUCCUUCCCAUGGCCUCCCCCACUCCUGCCAGAGCCCACUUGUCCCUGAGCCUUCCUCCCCACAGCCAUUCCAGGGCUGCCUCCUACUCCAGCCUAGCUCCCCUGGUGCCAGCACAGGGUCCUGCUCUGUCCCAUGACCUGGGAGGACACCAGGCAUGGGGGGGGGGGGCGAGCUCCCCCCACUGCAGUGCUGCAGGGAUCAGGGUGGCUCUGGGGUGGGCACCCAGCCUGCAGUUCUUGCUGCGGAGGUGGGUGCUGCCUGGGGCCAGCAGGUACUGAGCUGCGCUGGGUGCUCGGGGCAGGCCAGCUCUUAUCCCUUCCCCUUCCCCUGUUCUGUCCUUUCGCCAGCUGGAGGAGGCUCCUGGAGGCAGCGCGGCCUGUGGGGCGUGGGGAGGGCGUGGGGUGUCUGACGCCCCCGCCGGGAUUGCCAAGAGCCAUGACUUCAACUGUGCAGACGCUGCGCUUCAAGCUGCUGCCGCACGACACCGGGCAGGAGUGGGUGCACAGCUGUGAGCAGGAGAUCGAGCGCCGGUACCAGGUGGUGCCCUCUGUCGUGUGCGCCAUGUGCUGCCUCUUUGGGAUCAUCUACUGCUUCUUCGGCUACCGCUGCUUCAAGGCCGUCAUGUUCCUGACCGGGCUGAUGUUUGGCUCCAUCAUCAUCUUCAUGCUGUGCUACAAGGAGCGGGUGCUGGACACGCAGCUGAGCGUGGAGGCCUCGGUGGGCAUCGGGCUGGGCAUCGGUGUCCUGUGCGGGCUGGUCACCAUGCUGGUGCGCAGCGUCGGGCUCUUCAUGGUGGGGCUGCUGCUGGGGUUGCUGCUGGCGCUGGCCACGCUGGUGGCCAUGGAGCAGUUCUACCACCCGCCCACGGUGUGGAUCCCCAUCGGGCUGCUGCUGGGCGUGGGCAUGCUCGGUGCCGUGCUCACCCUGCAGUGGCAGAAGUUCUUCACCACCCUCUCCACGGCCGUCUUCGGCAGCGCCAUCAUGACCGUCACCGUCGACUACUUCAUCGAGCUGCUGCUGCUGGUGCAGUACGUCUACGAGCGCGUCAAGGUGGCGCCCGCGCGGCCCAUGUGCUGGUACAGCUGGGUCAUCCUGGGCGUCUGGCCUGUCCUCGCCAUGCUGGGCGUGCUGGUGCAGUGGAAAGUCACGGCCGAGGGGUACUCCCACACCGAAGUGGUUAUCAGCCGGCAGCAGCGCCGGGUGCAGCUGAUGAGGAUCAAGCAGCGGGAGGAGCGGAAGGAAAAGAAGAAGAAGCGGAGGCCCCCCCAUCCCCUUCCCCACCCACACAAGGCCCACCUGCCCGAGCCCAGCUACCGACGCAAGCCAACCCCCGUGCGCCGCUUCGACGGGGACGUGCUCUCCCCCAGCUACAUCCAGAGCUUCCGGGAGCGGCAGACGGGGACGUCGCUGAGCAGCCUCAUCACAAGCACGCAUGCUGUGGUCGACCUGGACUAUGACUGCGGCUCUACGGUGCCCUUGACCAUGGGCUCUGGCCCAGCGCUUCGGGUAUAGCCCAGACCCCCCGACCCUCCUGACACCAGCAACAGGGCCCCGCCAGGCCAGCACGGACCGACACACCAGGGCCCCGCCAGGUCAGCACGGACCGACACACCAGGACCCCGCCAGGCCAGCACGGACUGACACACCAGGACCCCGCCAGGCCAGCACGGACCGACACACCAGGCCCGGUCAGGGCCAGCACGGACCGACACACCAGGACCCCGCCAGGCCAGCACGGACCGACACACCAGGCCCGGUCAGGGCCAGCACGGACCGACACAUCAGGGCCCCGCCAGGCCAGCACGGACCGACACACCAGGGUCCGGUCAGGGCCAGCAUGGACCAGCCCUCCAGACACACCAGGCCAGCAGGAGUCAGAUGCCAGGGGGUGUUUGAGGGGAGGGUUGUGGCCCGUUUGGGGCAGGAAGGCCAUCCCUGGGGCUGUGUGACGGGGUAUGCGCAGGGCUCUGCCCAGUGAUCGCUAGCCGGCGAGCAAUGCAGGGAGAGGGUUAAUCCUGCUCGCUGGCACAGACGCUGCAUGGCAGCUUGGGACACGUGGACUCCUGGAGCAGGGUGAGCGCCCCACCCCCCCUCCCCGAGGGGGCACAGCCCAUGGGAGGGGCUGAUGAGCCAUGGCCCCAUGUGCCAAAGGGGCCCCAGAGCACCUGGUACUACCCAGCUUUCUCCCAGAGGCCCCCAGGAGCAGCUCCCUCCGUGCCUGCCCUUAGCCCCCCCACUCACCCCCAAGCAGCUCUGUGAGUGGCUUCCUGAGAGCCUGUUCCCCCCAUUCUCUGCCCCCCCCCAGCGUAGCUCCAUGAUGCCUGUUCCCCCCAGUCCCCGCCCCCCCAGGGUAGGUCCAUGGUGCCUGUUCCCCCCACAGCGUAGCUCCAUGGUGCCUGUUCCCCCCCGCAGCGUAGCUCCAUGGUGCCUGUUCCCCACCCCCAGCCUGUACACACCCCAGCUCCCUGGGAGCUGCCCCCUAAAGGCCAGAAGAGGCCGUUCCUUCGGAGAACGGGCCAGGGUAGGUGCUGUCCCAUGCCCUCACCAUGCACUCGCCUGCCAGGCACUGGGCUGGGGGCUGCGGGCACCGCCCGCCCGGAGGGGCAGUGUGAGCGCAGCAGCUCUGCUCCCCAGUGCACGUGAGGGAUUGUCUCGUCCCUGGGACUGGGCCUCUCAUGCCCCAGGGCCAGCAGCUGCCAGGCCUGCCCGGGGCUGGGGCAUUUUCGGCUGUGUAUGUGGCCCUUCUCCAGCAGGCAGGUCUGCCCUUUGGCCUCAUGGCAGCUGGCACUGGGGCCAGACUGGGCACCCAGCACCGCCCCUGCCACCUGCAUCUCGUUGUCCAUUCUGCUGACAGAGAACAAGAGGCACCUGGCUGGUGUGAGGCGGGGAACGGACCAUGGGGCCUUUCCCCCUCGGGGGCCCUGCCACUGACCCUGGUCAGGAUGGGACAGGCUGGCUGGAGGCUCAGGAAUGGAAGCCGAGGCCUUUCCCCUCCAGGGCCGGGGGACUGGCUUGCUCAGGGAUAUGGGGCCUUUCACCUCUGGGACCGAAUCGGGACAUGUACUGGCACUGUUUGCGGGUGACUGGAUUUCUAAUGGGGAUGGGGAGGGAGGGGCCUGACUGGGCUGGGGGAUUGCAGAGCUGAGGCUGGUGCGCUGGGACGCUUGGGGCUGCAUUUUGCAGCUGCGGGGGCACAAAGAAGCGUCCCCUCCAUCCAGCUGCUCUGGAAGGACUCCCUGCCCCAGCCCAUGGGCUGUUCGUGUGCUGUGAGUUGUAUUAAUUUAUUACUGACUAAACGGGGCCAUCAAACCUGGGAUGGACCCGGCCCUCCCCCCAGACUGCAGCGGGGCCCCCAGGAGGCUGCUGGGUCUGGACAGCGCUGGAGGAGGAUGGGGCCCUUUGCUGGGCGUUUUGCUAGGGGCUCCCCCAGCACACGCCUCUCCCGCCAUCGCUGCCCCAGCUGUCACUGGGCCUGCCCUCCAACGCCCACCAGGGAGCCCAGCCGGCGGACAGGAACCGCAGCUGCUCCCGCCCCCCCAACCCCACCAGCAGAGGGGCCCAAGCAAAUGGACUGGGACCAGGGAACUCCUGCCCCCCUUUCCUUGGGGCGGGGUCGUACCUGCGCACUCAGCCGCAGCAUGGCCGGCCCCCUCCCCAUCUAGCCAUGGGACGCUGCAUGUUUCCCUUGCCCCUGAUGCCCAGGACCCUGAACCCUGGUUUCUUCCCCCUUUUCAGUCGUUUUGUAAAUGUGCCAAACGCUGCCGGGCCUCAGCCACGCAGUAAAGAGCCUUUUGGA